CCAUUCUCAGUUCUCAGUUGCAUAUUACACUGUUUAGUUUUUGUAAUGUGAAUAGAGUGCUACAAAAUGAAGACUUCAUACAACCUGCAAAACCAUUCUGAUAGCGGUGACCGACAGGUCUACAAUAAGGUUGAAAACAAUUUAUCUAUCCGUGAAAACGGAGCACCAUUCGACAGUAUGGCAGAUUUGGAUGUCAGCGACGUCAUCUUAAAGACUGAAGGAGAAAACGAGGACACUAGAGACAAACAUAAUGACAGCCUGAUCACUGACCUUGAUGACGUCAGUGUAUUGUGUCAUAAUGAAGAGAAUCAAAGUACAGAAUGGUUUAACCUGAAUAAUAAGGAUUCUUCCAGCGAGAAUAAUCAAAUCACCGAUUUAGACGGUGUCAACACUCUAAACGAAAACGGACUCCACAAGGCCACUAACGAGGAUGAGUCUUUAUGUAAUGUAUGUGAAAUUGAGCUGAAGGCCAGUACGAAUUUCCAUGAUGAUCCCAAAACAGGACUGAAUUCAGAGGAAAUGGAACGCAACAAACUAUCGAAUCCAUCGGAAGAAAAGGAGCCUUUACCAGAUGUUGACUUGGAAGCUGUAAAGGAUUAUGUUUUAAAAAUUGUCAACCGAGCACGAGAAAUAGUUCAGAAAGAGUCAGAGAAUAACUCGAAACCCAAGAAUCACCAUUCCACAAAACCAUGGACACAAAGACUUAUAGAAAUAUUCUGCUUUCGAAGAAAAUGAAAGUGUGGUAGAUAUUCAUUUGUGAAAAAACCUCAUGGAUAUUGUGAAUGAAAAUUGAUCAGUCGUCAUGGCGGCAUCAAAUGGAAAUAUACAACGAUUGCUCUGCAUGUCAAUUUCAAAGUCAGUGGCUUAACUUGGAAUCCGAAGAGAAUACAUACCAAUAUGGAGAUAUCCGAGUAAUUAUUUCAGGACGCAGUUGUAAUCUUAAGCAUUUAUUCAAACAGUGAUACUCAGUUUUAGUGAAUGCAUUGUUAUAGUUUCAGGAACAGUAGUUCUAAUGUUUCAUGAUAUACAUAUCAGAAGAGCUCAUCAACAUUGUGUUCAGACAAGUAUAUAAUUAUAUUUAUAAUAUGACCCUGUG